AUGGUUUUUUAUAAAAUAACUUUGGCUAGAUCAUUAAUCGGUACCCCUCCAUAUAUUAAGAAUGUCGUGAAGGCUAUAGGCUUGGGUAAGAGGGGAUCUGUUGUUUAUAGAGAGGCUACUCCAGCUAUGGCAGGUACGCUGGCUAUGGUUAAGGAAAUUGUCAAAGUGGAAGUAACAGAAAAUCAGCUAUCGAAGGAGCAACAGAGAGAAUUGAGGAAAUCAAAUCCAGGGUUUACUGUCCAAAAAAGGGAAACCAUUAGUAAUUAA